AUGCAUCUCUUUCACGCACUGACGACUUUGCUCUGUUGUUCUUCUUUGGCACAUGCUUUUGUUCUCGAACAGAGAGCAUGCGUUUCUUCUGAUGUUGCUCUAGUCAAACAGCAGGUUCAACAUCCUAACUACUUCUGCACGUGGUUUCUAAGCGAGACUCGUUCGCCACUCCCAGGUCUUGGUCCAGACGCAUUGUUAGGUGCAUGCAAAUGUGUCAUUAAUGCUGCUCCCGCGGGGACUUGGUCAACGGCAACAGACGCGAUAUACAAAUCCGCAAGAUCGCAGAGUUUCGUGCCUGGGGGAUGUCCCGCUGCAGCUUCAGACUUCAUCAAGAAUGAGUUUGAAAAUGUCGCUGCUUUCUGUACCUUCUGGCAAUAUGCGUAA